UUAUUUUCACGCUUAGUACAUCAAGCAUGUCUACUUUCGAAAAGACUCUUGUUAUUGAUGGUAAGGGCCAUUUGUUGGGCCGUCUCGCUUCUGUCAUUGCCAAGCAAGCUCUCAACGGUCAAAAGAUCGUUGUUGUCAGAUGUGAAGCCUUGAAUGUCUCUGGUGAAUUCUUCCGUAACAAGUUGAAGUACCAUGCUUACCUUAACAAGCGUUGUAUUGUCAACCCCAAGCGUGGUCCUUUCCACUUCCGUGCCCCCUCUCGUAUCUUGUACAAGGCCAUCCGUGGUAUGAUUCCCCACAAGACCGCUCGUGGUGCUGCUGCCCUUGACCGCAUCAAGCUCUUCGAAGGUGUUCCUCCUCCUUAUGACCGCGUCAAGCGUAUGGUCAUCCCUGACGCUCUCCGUGUCCUCCGUCUCAAGCCCGGUCGUAAGUACACCACCAUCGGUCGUAUCUCUCACGAAGUUGGCUGGAAGUACCAAGACGUUGUUGCUAAGCUCGAAGAAAAGCGUAAGGCCAAAUCUGCUGCUUACUACCAACGUAAGGUUGCUCUUGCCGGUCUCCAAAAGAAGGCUGUCGAAUCCAAGGCUGAUGCCGUCAAGGAUAUCAACGCUUCUCUUGCUCAACUCGGUCACUAAAUCUUUUUUUGAUUUGCACUCAUUUUGUUUCUUCAAACGGGGAAUUACAAAUUUAUAGUCGAUUGUGCAAAAGAGAGAAACAACAAUGCGAGAUAUAGAGAGUCAAAAUAUAUCAAACAAUAAAUAUGAACUGACAACCAAAUCUCUUUCAUUAAUCAAUAUAU